AUGGCGGGCAGCCCAAAUGCACCACAGCUGGGCCUCCAGCCAUCAACCAUACGCGACCACGCGAUCCAACUUGAAGCAGACAUACGCGCCUUGAAGGAAUACCGAGUCAAUCCAGUAGGCAAAAAUCGCACACCAAACUGGAAUAUGAUUGAACCACUACUCGAAAGCUUUAUCAGCUAUCUGCAGAAGACACAGGACCUUCCAACCACAAGCGAACUGACCGCUGUAGUCCACGCGACGGCACGCGCUCAGCAAAUUCUCAGCAAAGACGUCACGGAAAUCAAGAACUUCCUCGCAGCUCUGGCCAGGAAAUCGACCAUCCCUAGCUAUGCACAAGUACUGAAGGACCCCUAUGUAGUAAAGCCCACCAUGCAGACACGCCCAUCGAUGGGUCACCGGGAAAUCCUAGUCAAACUGAAUCCCACGGACGUAGAAAGACAGGCUCAACGCGCAACAGCAGAAGAAAUCAAGCAAAAGAUAAAUAACGCAUUAGCGAAUCACGAGGACCCCAAUUUAAAGAAAACACAAAUUUUAGCGGUAAAACAACAUCCUAGUGGGGACCUGACGCUCUUCACAUCCGACAGAGGGAGCACAGAGCUAAUAAUAGCACAUAGGGAGGACUGGCAAAAGAUACUAGGAGAAAAAGCCAAGGUUAAGGUUCCAUCAUAUGGAAUUAUUAUACAUGAAUUAAAACGCAAUCUUGGGGAGAAACGAGCCUCUACCAUGGUUGUGGAGUUCGACCGAGAAGAAGACGCGGACCAUGCGAUUAAGAAUAGCAUUAUAUACAUAGGGACUUAUUGCAAAGCCCAGGAAACAUGCGGGUAUUGUGCGGGACUAUAUAGCACUAAGGCGUGUCUAGAGAGAGACAAACCUGGCUCGCAGCCAAUAUGUCCAAACUGCUCUAAGAAUCACCCAUCAUGGAGCAUUCAAUGCGAAGACCGGAAAGAGGAACUGGCUAGAAUCGAGGAAAGAAGGAUGAAUAUGCCAUGUACACAUAAGGAGGCCGCACUUCGACGAGGGAAUUUCACAGGAAAACCCAAACAAUCUAGGGAGACACACCGCGGAGUAAAGGAGAAUAGCCGAGCUACAGGAGUAGCAGCUACUCUUAAUGCUCCAGGAAACUAG